AUGACUGCCGGGUCCGAGGAGCGACGAGGCGGCCGAAGUCGCCAGGACCACAGCCGCAAUAGCAAGGCAACCACCAAGUUUGGCGACUUUAUCCUUGGAAACACCAUUGGCGAGGGAGAGUUUGGCAAGGUCAAGCUUGGAUGGAAGCAGGAUAGCAACGUGCAGGUUGCCAUCAAGCUCAUCAAGAGAGACACCGUUGGCCACAACCCGUCGCGGUUGGCCAAGAUCAAGCGCGAAGUCACCAUUCUCCGCGGCAUCCACCACCCGAACAUUGUGCGAUUGAUAGACAUGGUUGAGACUGAUAGAUACAUUGGCAUUAUCCUCGAAUACGCAUCGGGAGGCGAGCUUUUCGACUACAUCUUGAACCAUCGGUAUCUGAAGGACAACUCGGCGCGCCGACUCUUUGCCCAGCUGGUCUCCGGAGUGGGCUACCUUCACAAGAAGGGCAUCGUCCAUCGCGAUCUCAAGCUGGAAAACUUGCUCCUCGAUCGAAACCGCAACAUCAUCAUCACGGACUUUGGCUUUGCUAACACCUUUGACCCCCGUGACGAGUUGACGGAGGAAGAGGAGCUCAACCUGUCGGAUCGCGAGUACGUGAAGCGGCUUGGCAUCGACAAAGUCAAGCCCAAUGGUAUGCGCAAGGGUGACUUGAUGCAGACCAGCUGCGGCAGCCCAUGCUAUGCUGCGCCAGAACUCGUGGUUAGCGACUCGCUGUAUACUGGCAGAAAGGUUGAUGUGUGGAGCUGUGGUGUCAUUUUGUACGCCAUGCUGGCCGGCUAUCUGCCCUUCGACGACGACCCUGCCAACCCGGAAGGCGAUAAUAUCAACCUUCUGUACAAGUACAUCGUCACCACGCCUCUGACCUUCCCCGAAUACGUGACGCCGCAUGCUCGAGAUCUCCUACGACGAAUCCUCGUGCCGAACCCGAGAAAGCGAGCGGACUUGUUCGAGGUUGCUCGCCACAGCUGGCUGAGCGAGUAUGCCCACGUCGUCGAGUUCAUCACGAGCUCGACGACAUCACCCUCAGAGGUCCAGAGUGUCAGCGCGGCGGGCUCGGACUAUGCCGAGGCUCCCAUGGUUACGAGGAGCGCCUCCGUCCGCGAAGCGCCCAAGCAAAAAUCUCCCCAACCCGCCGUCGUUGGUGGUCUGGCCAAGACGCACGGCAAGAUCGAUUCGCCUCCCGAAACUACCCAGCGCACGUCCAAGGACGCCAAGCGUCGUACUGUCCAGGUCGAAUAUGUCGCGCCCGUCACACAGACGCAACGCGGUGCCACCGAGCCAGAAGUGUCCAGACAUCAGGCCCAGACAACGUCGCGGCAUCAUCACGAGUCGGCCCAGGAAGAAUUGUCGCUGGACGACAGGCACAUGGCACGACCGCAGUCAAAGAGAGGGCCGCCACCCGGGGCGCAAACGAGUGGAAUCCCUCAGCCGCCGCUCUCCUCGCGGGACGCUCGCUCGGCUGCCGACAACACAUACAACAUGGGCGUUCCCGCAGCAAACGCUCGUCCACGCACCGGCAACUCUAUGCAGUCUGCCACUUCUCUCGGCUUGCAGUCCGGAGGCAACUAUGGUCAACCAGUGCCUCCUGCCAUUGCUGACACCAAUGUUCAGGGCCGUAUUCAGCAGCCUGCCGGCGCUGGCAACGAUGAUGAGGAGCUAGGGCGAACCAGCACCAACGUGCCCCCCAAGUUUGCGCGGAUGUCAGGCUUCCAUGAGCCUAAGAGCAGUGAUGGCAAGGGACACAAGAGGUCCAAUACGAUAGGAGACAUUGGCUCCAAGCUCCUGGGCCGCAGCGGGUCCGUGUUCGGGCGCAAGGCAAAGAAGUCGGACCAGCCGGCCGAAAAGGCCAAGAAAUACCCUCCCAUCAGCAUGGCCAACACUGGCAUGGCUGCGGGAGAAGAGCCUCGGUCGCGGCCCUCGAUAGACUCGAAGGCAUCCCGCCGAUCCUUUACUCUCGGCCUCGGAAAGAAGGCGAGCGGAAGCAUCAAUGGCUCUCAGGAUUCCAUCGACAAAAAGGAGCGCCGACGCUUCUCCCUUCUCCCCGCGUCCUUUUCCCUCAAGUCCUUUGGCAAUUCCAAGGAUCUCGGAAGCGCCCCCCCUUCUUCGCAAGACUUGCCCAUCCAAAAUCCUCGCACUGCUGACCUUGGACGGAUCGUGACGACCCACGGAGGUAGCACACCCUUCUUCGACAACGCCUACGAUGGCCAGCAGCCAGAUACGGCCAUGCCGCCCAAUCAGAACCAAAAUCCUAACCUAGCACCGGCAGACGCUGCCAGACGACCGAAUGCAGUCCCCCAGUAUCUUCAGCAGGGUACACACCUCAACAGUGGAUCCGAGACGUCGGUUGACAUGCGCCAGCCUUCCGCGGGAGCUCGACAGGGGCCCUAUCAGUACGGAUAUACCCAAUCCGAAGGCUUCGACGGGCGAGGAAUUGGUACUGGCCGUGGAGUGUUACAAAAGAGCCACAAGCGGUUCACGGAUGCUUACGACCAGGGAGACUACCGAGGCCACGAGGGAAGCAGUGGAGCUGCCAAGCGCGUCAUGGACUUUUUCAGGAGACGAGGCAAAGCCAGGGGCGGCGAUGAGCGAUAA